AUUUAGCAUUUUUGAUCCAGCGAGCCAAAAGUGUCAAGGGCAAAGGUGCAAACUGUGAAGAAACAGUGGGUUUCAGAUCAGAGGGACUGAAUAUUCUUAACACAGAUGGGAACAAUCCCUCACAGCCACAGCAUCUCACAUCACUCACAUCAGUGGAAAAAGAGGCUCCAGACUCAGGGGGUGUGGGGGUGUGCUGGGAAAUGCCUGAAUGGACAAAAUAGGGUGCAGGAGGGUGGAUUAGGGGGUGGAAGGAACCAACAGUUGAGGACCAGAGAGAGGGGUGGAGAGGGGGAUGGCAGAAUGGAAAGGAAAGCAGGGAGGGGAGGAAAGGAUUUUACAAAGUGUUUGUCAGAGUCCCCUCCAGUCCUGAGCACACACUGAGAGAGAGAGGGGACAAAGAGGGCCAGUCUCUCUGAUCAGAUUACAGUGAAGAUUUGUAUGACUGUGACCAUGCGUCUGGUGAUAGUCUUCCUCUUGUCUGCCCUGCUUCCACUCUCUCUCUCCCAUGGACGGGACCCCUUCGCCUGGCUAUACGGCCGGCAGAGCCAAGGAAACUAUUUUGGCUCGCUGCAGGCAGACACCUCGGGAGGGGCGUGUCCCGAUGUGUGUGACUGCCCCCCCACCUUCCCUGUUGCCAUGUACUGUGAUGGGCGGGGCCUGACAGCCAUGCCAACCAUUCCCUCCCGUAUCAAGUACUUGUACCUCCAAAACAAUGCCAUCACAGCUGUGCCCGACUCGGCUCUGAUCAAUGCAACCAAUCUGGUGUGGCUCAUGAUGCACCACAACCAGCUGACAUCUGAUGCCAUUGGCAAGAAGGCAUUUUUGAAGUUGGAGGGACUGGAGCGCUUAUAUCUACAACACAACAAUUUGACCAGCAUGCCUCCCAACCUCCCACUGUCCCUGCGAGACCUGAGGAUCAAUCAUAACAGGAUUGAAAAGGUAACACCUGCAGACCUAGAGGGAAUGGAUAACCUCACCAUCUUGUAUCUCAAUGACAACGCUGUCACAGAAAUGAGCACGUCACUGAAGGCACUGACGUCCCUCACACUGCUGGACAUCAGUGGCAACAAGCUGACAAAGGUCCCAGAGGGUCUCCCUGAACAUCUGCACCAGCUCUACUUAGAGUCCAACUCCAUUGAAUCUCUGCCAGAGGGCUUCCUGGGCAGUCUCACGGAGCUGCAGUACGUCAGGAUGGCUCACAACCAGCUAACAGACAAGGGUAUUCCCUCCAACACCUUUAAUGUGACUGGGUUGGUGGAGCUGGACCUGAGUUUCAACAAACUGGAGAGAAUCCCAAUAGUCAGCACCACACUGCAACAUCUCUAUCUGCAAGCCAACCAGAUCAAAGAGUUCAGUCUGGGAAGCUUCUGUAGCAUUGUGGAUGUGACCAAUUUCUCCAAGCUGCAGACACUGCGACUGGAUGGGAACGAGAUCAGCCGUCAGGACAUCCCCUCAGAGUCGUCCCUGUGCCUGCGGCAAGCUUCCACCAUUGAGGUCUAACUAUGUGUACGACAUGGUUUUCGCCAAUCUGCUCACAAACACAGUUCACUCUUUGACAUGCGCCACAACGUCUGACACAUUAUGUUUGUGACACAUGCCAAAACUGAAGCACAGCAGGGGUGAUGACAUAACUUACUACCGACAGCAUAUGGCAGCAGUUAAUAUCCACCAUUCGCACCAUAGUGAGAGCAAAGACGGUCAUAUGCUUCAGUGAUUUUUACAGAUGUUUGUGAAGCUUUACCAGAGUAAAGACAAGUCCUGAAGAUGGCCUGGUCUCUGAUUAAAUUAAUAUUAUUAAUCUCUCAUUCUAAUCAGAUGUGUCUGAUUAGAAUUACAGUAAUUGAUCUUUUAUCCACAAAUACAGUAUAUAGACCCAAUAUGUUUUAUGACUCACACAUGCUGUUUCUUUUUUGUGCAUUGAAAAUUAUCUAGCCCCGAUCCUCUUUAUAUGUUGCUGUGAGGAUCAAUGAUCUUUGUAUUUUGAAGAUAUAGUUGUCUUUAUUUCUCUCUGUCUAUCUCUGUCCCACUUCAUGUCUUUCUUUGUUUUGUCUGAUGGUAAGUGGUGUGUAUCAUGUAUAAUGUGAAUUAAUUUCAAACCAUUUGCAGUCAUAGGAUAUUAUAACACUGUAAUAUAGUGUCUGCUUGCAUUGUGCCAAAUAUUACUUUUCUCUGUUUUUAAAUAUGCUGUGACCCCUUGAGAGCAUCCUCUUUUUGCACAGUGAAAUCAACUUUCCUUAGAAACAAAGAAAAUAUCUAUGUAUAAUGUGAAAUUAUCUCCAUACUGUACUAUAGGGAAUCAGACAUACAGAGGGCUUCCGGUGUUGUGAUUCUUGAGUUACUGUAUGCAUUGCAUGGAUUGAGUAUCAUAUUGACAAAGGGUUUAUGUUUACAAGCCUAUCAGCAGAAUAAAUACAAAAGUUGAGAUUUUUAAAAAAAGA